UAUACUGUAUGUGAGCAACUUGUCUUGGCUGACGACUCUAGUGAUCCAACCGCAUCAGGAUCACACCGAGUACAACAUGAAGGCCUGGAUCUUGGCAGCGCUGUUAGGGGUGUCCCUGGCCAGUGUUCUCCCGCCCAUGGGGGUGGUGAGGCUCCAGUACAGUGACCCUCAGACAGACGACCUGAUAGAUCUGGAUGUGUCCAUCAACACUGUAGACGACACAGUGGCUUUCCAUAUGAGGGGACAAUAUAGCAUGGAGGAUGUUGACAACCUCGAGGACUACAGAGCUGGAUGGGGAGCCAGUAAGGUGUUGGUAGACGAGGCUUGUUACCUUCGUAAGUUGAACACGUCACUAAACGACACCAUUGGUAGACUCCACGAGUUAUCUAGCCGAGGAGUGCAGCAUAUGGAGGGAACUCUAGAUAUCUCUGCUAUUCCCGCUGAGGAUGUGGAAGACUGGGCUGGGAAACGCCUUCGAGAUUUCUGUGGUGAUUAUACGAUGUACCAACUAGUGGUUUCUGAGGGCGAGGAAACAGCUCUGGCGGAAGAGGGAACUGAAGAGAGGACUUUCUGGCUUCCAUUUAGGAGGUGUUACUUUUUCUUUUUUUGCUUUAGAUGUAUUACCAUAACCAUAAUCAUCCCUACCGGCGUCACCUUCUUCUUCUUCUUUGGGUAAGAGGUCUGUUGUCUUCCACCUUAGAGUUAAACACAUGGUUGAUGGUGAUAACAGCUUAUACUUUAACUACUGAAUUGAUGCGGUGGAAAUUCUGGUGCUAACUUUAUUUAAUGAAGUAAACGACCCAAAAACCGAAUGUUUAAAAUACUGGUAAGAAUUUCCUUUAAGUGAUAUUUCUUAAUAAUUAGAAUUGAAUCUUUUUUAACAACAAUUAAACCAUGUAUAUACUAAAGUGGCGAGAUAUUGUUAUGUAUAAUAUAUUGAUGGAUUUUCAAUAUAAUUACUACUACUACUACAACUACUACUACUACUACUACUACUACUACUACUAUUACUACUACUACUACUACUAUUACUAAUAAUACUAAUACUAAUAAUAAUAAUAAUAAUAAUAAUAAUAAUGUCUAUUCUGCUCUUGUAUAAUGAAAAAAUACCUUACUUAUUUUCUUGUGAGACAUAUUACAUAUACUGUACAAUUAUAACUUUAAGUGGAACAAGCUAAGAAACUGUGUUAAGUAAUCUUACGUAGUGUGUAUUGAGCAUAUGUGAAAAAAUGGCCCUAUUGUUUAUGUGAAGAAAUGUUGUACAUAUAUAGAAAUAUAUAUUGUUGCUUAUGUUAAUAUAUUCAUGAUCUUUUAAUAAAAAUCUGCUUGAAGAAAA